GGUUCGUGGGAAGAAGCCAUGUUGAGUCACCUCCUAAUACCGUUAUUUUAAAAACAGUAAAUAGUGUGUCCUAAAGUGGACCUGUUUGGAAACUCGGACGAAAGAUAAACCGCACCAAGAUGUCGGCGGACGAUUUUCAGACGAAGUAUGCCUCUGUCAUGGAGAGUAUGCUUAAGGGUGCCGUCGCGGAGACAACGAAACUUUUCGAAACUAUGGUGGACGAACUGAAAGCAGAAAUAUCUGUUAUCAAGAAGGAGAACGAGGACCUCAAAACAAAGUGCAGGCAAUUUGAGAAGGCGAAAAGCCAACCGACCGUUCACACCGUGGAAAGUGAGCCUCUUCCACGGCCAAGAGACUGCUCUGAGAAGCGUGACACAGCUGUUCAAUGUGACCUUGUUCCUUUCCGUACCAUGCUGGUGGAGCAAUGUCAACCAUUAAGGCACUCAACCCAAGAGCAGCAAUACAGUUAUAAGGACACGUGUCUUCAAAAGGAUCAGAACUAUGAAGAGGGAAACUGUCCAGUGCCACUUGUUAAAGAAGAGGAGGAAGUUGACCCCACAGUGGUCUACAGGCAAACACUCAGUGAUAAUGCAGAUUCACCACGGGCCUCCGCAUGUGGAACUGAAAAAGAGGUGCUUCUCAUUAACAAGGAACGUUCAAAUCGAGAAAUAACCUUACUUCAAAAAGAUGAAGAGACUCGAGCAGUCAUGGAAGUACUCUGUUUGGGAAUAGAUAGCAAUUUACAAGGAGCCCAGAAGCAAUUAUCAGAACCUGAGCAUUCACAAGUUAUUUCCCUCACUGGGAAACAGUAUGAUAUGGAAGAAGACUCUAGUGUUGGUCUGAAGAUAUCAGAAAUAAGAACACAGGGUAAACUUGUAAAAUGUGCAGAACAACCAUCGGUGGCUGCUAAGCAACUAUCAGAAGUUGAAUCGCACAAAAAAGAGCAACCAUCAUUGGGUGAAACGUCAAAUGAACAAACGUAUGAUACUGUGCAACAAUACACAGGUGUGCACUCUACAGAGAAACAGUUUGCAGAGCCCAAACCUCUAAACAAAGAAGGAGCUUAUGGACAAUUAGAAGGUGGCUCAACUAAAGCAGCGACUAGCUCCAAGCCUGUGUUGCCAGUAUGUCGUAGAAGAGGACGUCCUCCAAAGAAAGCAAAAUGUCUACAACGGCCAGUGCAAAAACAACUUGCAUCACUAUCAACUGAUGUUCCAACAGACCAAGAGGUGCUCCCAGCUCCAUCCACUGAAGUUUCAUCUGCAAAUGAAACUCUAAACACCCCACCAGCUGAAUCAAUACAAGCCCCAUCAGUUCAGACGAGAGAACGCUGCACCUCAGUAACUCUCCAGGAUGCAAUGCUACUAGUUGAAGCCAUGAAUCAGUCGACAGAAAAAAAUGCACCUUCCUCCCUACAAGGAAUGGUAUCACCACAAAUCCAGUGUGUUCCCCAUGUGGGUACCUUAAAAACUGUAGAUGAGGUCCCAGCUCAGUUACCUGCUCCUGAGUCCCCAACACAGACACCACCACUUCCUCUUGUAACUUGUAAAGUUGCAGAACAUCAUGCAACAGAGAUGUCUACAACAACAAAAUCGAAAGCAGAGACACCUUGUGAUACUUCUUGGACUAAAGAUGCCACUAAAACCAUUAAAGCUCAGUCCCAUAUUAAGACUGUCAUACCUCAACAAUUGCAGGCAGACACUACUUCAAAUAAUUCUUCAUGUCCGUCAUCUUCAACUGAUGCAACUCAAACAAGUGUGUCACUUCAGCAGAGGCCACCCCAUCCAUUGAUAACAUUAGCAGUGCCCAGUAAAUCAUUGAGUAACAUAGUCCAGAAUAGAAUAAUCAUUGUGCCAAGAUCAUCAUGUUUACGUAAACCACUAACAAUUACAGCACUGUCCCCAGCAAAAAAUUCUACUGUUGCGUCAACAGUUGCGGCUGCACAAAAUAUUUGUUCACUUCCAGUUUCAACAGUUGCAGGCCUGCCCCUUGGAACACCUUCCCUUUCCUCUGUUUCUCAGAAAGCAACAUAUGCGACCUCUAAGAGGCAAGUUGCGACUUCUCAGACAGCCGCUAGUUCAACACACCAGCAGUCAGCGAUCCUACCAAAAAUAACAAUUAUAAUUCCAAGACACAAGAAGCCUUCACAAGAGACCCCUGUUCUGACAAGAAAGCAGGAGUCUGCUGAACCUGGUCCCACUGUCAAGGUGUCAUCACCUCUGUUGGUUUAUUCAUCUCAGCAGAUAAGCAUUUCACAAAUGGCUUCAGAUCAACAGGCUUCAACAUCAGUUGGGCUAAUGCCAAUCACUGUGUCCCCAGAUGCCCCACUAGCUACUGAACAGAAGCUCUCUGCGGUUGUCAAAUUAAGCAGGCUGCCAUUUCCUAUGUCAACGAGAGAAUCAGUCUUGAUCUCAAGACUGCCUUUGGAUGUAUUUUCUGGAGGUACCAUGCAAGAGAAACCAUCAUCUGAGGUCAAGUCAACACAACCAUCAAAAAAAGUGAUCUCACUUUCAGAGGUGCCAGCCUUGUCAACUGACAUUGCACCCAAUUUAAAAGAAACUUCUGUCACUGUGUCUGUACGUGCAUCUCAGAUUAUAGGAGAGCCAAAUGAUAUUCAUGAUAAGGCAUUAUUAUCCUCUGAAACAUGCACCAUUUUGGACAAGCCACCUGCGAAGAGUUGUGUGCAGCCAUCUUCACCAUCCAAGAUGUCGGCAUCAGUCUUGAAGAAAUUAACAGGAGCUGUCAGCAUAACUGAGUCUUCAGCUGUAUCUGGUACAGCUAGUGAACCUACAUCUGAUUUGGAUGAAGAUAUAAUCAGCAGUGCAAUGCCAGAUUAUUUGCUGCCAGAUGACCCACCUGUACAAGAUAAAGAAUCAGCUGCCUUAAUACAGCUAACCUCCUUCACAUCUAAAGACAUAGUUGAUCCUCAUUUGCAGAUGACUAAAACCCAGUUCCUGGCACGGUUGGCUGUGUCACCUGUAGUUGAAGCCCCAGAAAAGGCAUCCACAAAUGACUUUGCAGAUGCCAGAGCUUCUUGUGCAGAGACGAGUGCUGUUGAGAAGAGAGAGUUGCAGAAAAACUCCCUUGUGGCCCGACUCCGGAGUCACCUCAAAACUCACUUGCAAGCUAGAAGAACUGAAAGAAGUCCACAACUACUCACAGAAACUGAGACCUCACCAGUAAGCCCUAAGAAAUGUAGUUUGGAAAAGGUCAGUCAAAAGGUGAGAAACACUCCCGGUGAACCUAUUCCUGUCAGCCCUAAAAAGACAGAUGUGGAUGAUGUUACAUCUCGAAAAAACAUAACUGAUGACCCCACUACCAUUAGUCCUAGGGGAUCUGGACUAUGUAAAGAUGAUUUCAGAUCAAUGAAAACUGUUAGUGAAACAUCAUGUGUUAGGUCAAAAUUAUCUAAAAAUAAACCUGGCCUUAAAAGUUUAACCACUCCUAAAAGGUCUAGUUUUGCCAGAGACGAUGUUGACCCUGAAAAUACAAAAUCAACUUCUUUGAGUCCAAGGAGGUCUAGCUCAAAUAAUAAUGGUGUCCCUAAAAAGAUUCAGUUCUCUCACGUGUGUUCUAGAAGGUCUUGCUCAACCAGAGAUUGCGCUAACACUAAAAAGACUAAAACCACUUCUAAGAGUCCAAGGAGGUGUAUUUCAGCGAAAGGUAAUGCUAGCCCGAAAAAGACUCAAUUAGCUACUCUUAGUCCGAGGAGGACUAGUUCAGCGAAAGGUAAUGCUAGCCCUAAAAAGACUCAAUCAACUACUCUUAGUCCGAGGAGGACUACUUCAACUACAGUUGGGGCUACCCCUAAAAAUUCAAAAAGGAUGUAUAGCAAUACUACAGAUGGUGGUGAAAUUGGUACUUCAGCUAGGUGGCCUUACUUGGCUAAAGAUAGUUCCAGUCCUGUAAAGACCAGGGAAUCCACUCCUGCUAAGAAACCCAGAUUCAUUAAAGAUCCUACCAUUUCAAAAACGAGUUUAAGAUUGGUGAAUGCCAAGAAGUUAGCUAAAGCAGCUAAAGCAAAGAAGCUAGCAAAAAUGAAAAAUUCUAAUCAAUCAAUAUUGCAGAAUGAAGCGAAAACAAGCCAUUUAGCAAAGAAUGUUCCUAACUGUGAGACUGUGAGAAGAUGUACAUCUAAAGCUGUGUGGUUCCCACCUGUAAUGCCAGUUAGUGAAACAACUUCAUUGGAGGGAAAAAACUCAUCGCUCUUACCAGUAAAGAAAGAGGCGAGUUCCCCAGGAUCCAAGAAUCAUAUAAUAGUUUACCCCACGGUCAGAGGUCCACCUAUUGUAUCACCAUCACAGCCUUUAUUAGUCAUUGGUAGAUGUCUGCUCAAGAACCAGUGUGGGGAAUGUGGUCGUGUGCUCAGCAGCAGUGCUGCCCUGGAGAGCCAUGUCAGUUGCCAUACAGGUCACCGACCAUUCUCUUGCACCCUCUGUGGAAAGAGCUUCCCAGACUCCAAGGGUUUUAAACGGCAUGGCAGGGUGCACCGCAAUGGUAGGAUCCAUAUCUGCCAGCAUUGUGGGAAGGGGUUUGUCUACCGUUUCGGUCUCACAAAACACCUCCAGAUGGUACACGGCAGAAUUAAACCUUUUGUUUGCCAGAUCUGCAACAAGGCAUUCUUCGCAAAGCGAGAUGUGGAAACCCACAUACGGAUACACACGGGGGAGAAACCAUUCCCUUGCAACCUCUGUGAAAGAAGAUUUGCAAGGAGAGUAGAACUAAAUGUGCAUUUGAGGUGGCAUAAUGGGGAGAAGAGACACUGGUGUCCAUACUGUGGGAAGGGAUUUUUAGACUCCAAUAACCUGAAAAGGCAUAAGUAUAUUCACACUGGAGAGAAACCCCAUUCCUGCCCACACUGUUCUAAGAACUUCACCCAGUCAGGUCACCUGAAAAAGCAUGUUAAAAAUGUACAUAAAAUCAAAUGAGCAAAAUGCCACCUUGAACAAGCUUUUUUUUUGUUGUUGUGAGAAUACUUGGUACGGAAGGGAUUGGUUUGAUUUUGACUCACAGCAUUGUCUUUCUGAAGUAAAUAUUUAUCAUGAAAAAAAGCCAUCCUUUGUGAUGUUGCUUUUAUCAGAGGAUAUCUUUUUGAUGUAUUUUUAUAGAGGCUUAAACAAAUAUUUGGUAAAUACGCUUGUUCUCUUUUUUUUUUUAGCACUUAUAUUCCAGAGUAGAGUCCUAUAUUGAAAAUAUAGACUUGAAAAUGUGUUGGCAGUUGGCAUUUUGGAGAGAUAAAUGACAGCCAUUUAACCCUGCUUCUUGUCUUUUUGCUAAGUUUGUAAAUGGUUUCUCAAUUCAGCUCUAUUUUUGAUAUACAGACAUGAGUGUAGUAACUGCCAAUAAACAAAUAAGCGUAUUUCCCACAAUGUUAAACUGUUGUUUUAAAAUAUUUUACUAAUGGGCACUGUGUGCUCUUUACAGGGUAGAAAGUAUGAGGAAGCCAUGAAUGUAUGUACAUUUACAAUAGCAUUUUUGAAAAAUGCAAAAUAGCCUUUUUGGCAACAGAUUUUAAAAAUUGUAUAAUGAAAGAUGUUUUUAAUGGUUUGCCCGUGUUGCAACCAAUCAACCACAAGGUGUUGUAAAUGAGAAGAAAUAAGAAAAUGCUAUGGUUAACUUGACAGGAAACGCCUUUCAAAUUUUUGUUUUGGAGCUGUUUUUCUGUUGGUUAAUUACAAAAACCCUUAAUUUUUUUAGUAUUGUCAGCAGUUUAUCAAUAUCUUAAUCUUGUGAUAUUACUUGAAAAUUCGAAAUGAUUUAUUUUUUUCCCAUUCCUGUUUUCCUCAUGUUGAUGAAUAAAUUUUAGUUGAUUCCCUGUUAACUGAUACAGUGGGACAUAAAUGUGUGAAAAAUUAACAAAAAUGAGAAUUUGAAAGUAUUAUUUAAUUGUAAAAAUGUAAAUGAGUAAAUUGAGUUGUUUGUAAGUCUAGAUUCUUUGUUUUAUUACAUUGCUUUUGAUUGCUGCUAUUACAAAAAUGGGAAUAAGGGGUUAAUUGUACUGCUAGUGUGCUACAGACCAGACUAAGGCCAGACUGCGUAAUUUAUCAGGAACUCCAGUUUGUGUGAAUUUUUCUCUGACUGUACAUUUACAAUUUUGAGUCUUAAACUCAAUAUACGUUUUCACUCAAAUUGAUACUGUACAUUUACAAUUUGAGAAGACACAUCCUCAGUACCUUUUUAAAUAAAUUGUCAACUGUUUCA